CUGAUGACUUAUUCAAAUACUAAUCUAUCUUUUAUGACCACUAUUUUAUGAUCUAAAAAUACAAAGAUGAAAGAUCUGUGAUAAUGCAUAUGAUGACUGUGUUACUAUAAAAAGAUAAACAUUACAAAGAGAUGUGUGCUUGGAAAGAAUAGUAAGUAUCGUAUUGUGAUUCACCUGAAACAGACUGACCUGUCAGUACCCCCCUAAGAGUUGACAGUCGCUAGCAGUUAAAGAUGCCGAUGAAGGAUAGACUGAACGAACUGCAUCAGAAUAUGAAGCUAUUGGAAACAGAGGCCAAACCUGUUAUGUGGACCAAGAGAAAAAAAAUGGACACAGGUCAGACAAUGCAUGCGUACCUACAGGACGCUAACCAGAUAGAAUCGGAACUGACUAAGAUGAAAGCCGACGUGGCCGAACUGAAUAAACUCCAACAAGACAUGGUCAACUGUCCAUUUCAGGACAGGGCACGCGUUACCAGAUACGAGUCCCUGGGAGAGCGGGUGCGGCUCGACUCCACGAAGAUAGGCGCCUCUUUAAAACAGCUGGAACAACAAUAUCAGCUCCCGCAUCUAUCAGACGAUGGCGUAUUCAAGCGUGUCAGGACGCAACAAAUGAACCGCCUGACUGCGGAACUCAAUAUCAUCAGCAACGACUUCUUCAGAAUCCAAGCAGAAUACCUGGACAAAAUGAAGUCACGUUUGCGUCGUCAGCUGAUCGCAAAGGGAGAAACGGUCGAUGAGUCCAAGCUAGACUCAAUCACUGACCAGAACAGCUAUUCAGUGUUUACUGAGAACUACAUCAUUGACGUCCACAAUGCGGAGAAAACACUCAGAGAUCUAGAAGAUCGCCAAAAGGACAUUCUGGCACUUGAGAAAAGUAUUUCAGAUGUGAACCAGCUAUUUCAAGAGAUGAACCUGCUGGUCACAACUCAGGGAGAGACUUUGGACACGAUUGAGCUUGCUAUCGAAGAAACUGACCAAUGUCUUCAAAGAGGAGCGGAACAUUUAGGCGAGGCGGUACAGAGUAAGAGGAAAUUCUUCAGAAAGAAAUGUUGUUGCAUUGCCCUUGGGGUUACACUUGGGGUAGUUAUUUUUCUGAUCAUCGUCAUAACUUUGAUUCAACAAAACGUUUGAAAGACAUGUACCUUAAAAAAAUAACUGCUCCAGCUCUGGGUUCAGCUUUCUGAAUAGCCCAGGUGUGUAAGUUGGUGGGUAUAUGGAUUGUUCAUCAACUUAUAUAGAUCAGGAAUUAAGCUCAGAAUUCAACAAUUGUUAUGGGCCGUUCAUAUUUUUCUUAUAACAUUCGCUGCUUGGAGAUAGAGGAAUGUGCUUCUCUAAGUUGACUCGCCAGAAUGCAGUCAACAGACUGUAAUGUCAGAUUAACAGAACACACAUUUACCAAAAACACAGUGAUAACACGCAAGAACACGCACAAACACACAUAAAUACAACACACACAUGCAGCAUGGAUAAUUUAAACACACCACGAGCACACCACGCAAGGUAUGUUAUUUGCUAAGAUGGUUGCAUUAGGUAUAGCCAUAGUUCCAGGAGUGGCACCACUUUGUGUUGUGCGUGUGAUUUGGGCACGAGUUUGUUUGAGACGUAAAGAAUCCGUGGCACCCAGCUCCAUGGGGCCCUUGAUGUGCAUAGUGUUUAUUGAACAGGUAAAUGUGACGAUGUGACGAGGGAAAAUGCCCAAGAGAGGUCUUCGGGUGUUUUAAGUUGGACAGUAAGCUUUCAAUUUGUUUUCGAAAUUCCUGAUUGAUGUCUUAAGAUGUGUGUCGUCUAAAAUCCAUUCUCAUCUUAUAUUAACACGGAUAUUUAAAGACAAAAUGAAAUUUUGUUCUGUUGGGACUCUUUUUUUAUGAUCGUCUGCAACUUAUGAGAAAUCUGAAUUAGACCCAAGAACGUUGUUAAAAAAAAAAACCCAGCAACUUUAAUUUGGAAAAGACACGUCUAAUUACGAGGAUAUUUUUUCCUCAUUCUCGGUAUAAGAAAUGUUAUACAUGCAUUUGGAUUGUUUUGAAUGCUAUAUACAACAUCUAAACACUUGUGAAUGUUGUAAAUACAACUUAAAAACAAUG